UUAAAAAAAAAAAGAAAAAUAUAUUGUUGAAAUAUAGCAUCUCCUUGUUUGUUAGUUCUGUUUGGCGUGGCCUCCCCAAAAUUCCUAUAGGCACCCCUGCUCCCUCCCCAAAGCAGAGCUUCCUCAAGCCACUCGCCGUCUCCUCCUCCUCCUCCUCCCCUUCCACCACCGCCACUGCCACUCUCGCUCGCCCCGCCGUCUCCACUUCCCCGGCUCCGCGUCGUUCGGGGCGUGGAAACCCAAGACUUGUGCGGCCGCGGCAUGAAGAGCCUGUGGAAGCAGAGCGGCCUGGUGUGCGCCGACGCCGGCACCCUCAGUCCGCUCGGCGGCCGCUCGCGGCGCAGGGCGAGGCUGACGGUGUACGGGUUCGCGGUCGCCUUCGCCGCAUUCACCGCGUACGUCGCCUUCACCGCGUCCCCGGCCGGCGCCGGCGCCGUCGGGGCAGGGGGAGGAGCCUCGUGGUUCGGCAGCGUGUACGCGUCCACGGCGCCCUACCGGUCGCAGAUUUCCGGCUUCUUCUCGUCCAUUUUCCCCGCCAACUCCUCCGCCCCCUCGCCGGAGCCGACGCGCGUCCCGGCAGGCGGAUCGAGCGGCGGCGGUGGCGAGGUGAGCCGUGAUGGGACUAUCGGGCAGGUUGGGGGCGCGGCGGGAAGCAAUAGCUCCGCUGCGGCUGGGUCUAAUAAGCAGUUGGGAAGUGGAGGUGGUGAUCCGAUUAGCAAUGCUGGCGGUGGGAGUGUGCCUCCGCCCAGCGAUUUGGCCGGAACUGGCAUUAGCGCCAAGGGCGGAGGCGGAGCUCCGACGAAUAAUUCUAUCACAAGCGGCGCUGCGCCUAGCGGUGUGGCGGAUCGGAAUAAAGGAAGCGACAGAGGCGUUUCCAGCAGUCAGGCGGGAGGUGGCAGUGGAUCCCCGGCCAGUAGUUCUGCCGGCAACGGAACUGCGGUGAAUGUCGGCGAACAGAGUGUAGAUAGGUCCAAUAAGCAGUCGGGAAGUGGAAGUGGAGCCCCGAGGAAUGGUUCUGCCGGACAUGGCAGCACGGCGAAGACCGAGGCCGAAGACACAGCCGGAGUUCCCACCAACAAUUCUGCUGAGAGUGGCAGCUCGGCGAAGGCUGAUUUGAGCAUUGGAUCUUCUAGUAACCAGGCAGGCAGUGGAAGUCGAAGUGCUGUUCCAAGUAGUGGCUCCUCUGCUGGAAAUAGCACCACGGUGAAGGCCGAUGCAAAAGGUGCUGUUGGUGCCGCGAGCAGUGGUUCUGCCGGAAGUGGAACAGAUACGAAGGCUGAUUUGAAUAAAGGUUCAGAUGCUCAGCCAGGGAGUGGAAGUGGAUAUACAAGUAAACCAGCAGGAAGUUCUAGUCCGGCGAAGAGCGCAGACACGAAGGCUGAUUCGAAUAAUGGUUCAGAUGCUCAGCGAGGAAGUGGAGAUGCAAGCUAUAAAUCGGCUGGAAGUUCUAGUCCGGCAAAAAGCAAUGCCGGAGAUGGAGGGCUUGAGCACAAUGAAGGCACUGCGAGUGUUGUUCCAACUAGUAAUCAAACUGAUAGUCUGGCAUUGGCAGGGGAGAAAGAGGGUGGAUCUUCAAGAAAGAACCACACCAUUGUAGCAUCUCCUGCAGUGCAGAAUCAGGAACAGAGUAGUAGUGGAGUUGCUUCUGGUGGAAGCAGUGGUACAGUGGAUAAGCAGAAGGGAGAUGCUUCCCAGGGUAGUGCUGGAUCAUCAAAGGACCAUUCGGCCCAAACAAUUGCCUCAGAUUCUGGAAACAACAGUGAGGGGAACGAGCCAUCAACGAAACUGGUUGGUAGUUCUAGUGCAAAUAAAAAGGUAGAUUGGUUCAAGGAGAUGGCCAGCUGCGAUAUGUUCCAUGGGAGCUGGGUUCGGGAUGAUUCGUACCCUCUCUACCCAGAGGGAUCGUGUCCUCACAUCGAUGAGCCAUUUGACUGCUAUCUCAACGGCCGGCGAGAUCUAGCUUACCAGAAGCUCCGUUGGCAACCCAGUGGAUGCAGCAUCCCAAGAUUGAACCCCACCGACAUGUUGGAGAAGCUAAGAGGAAAAAGACUUGUUUUUGUUGGUGAUUCACUCAAUAGGAACAUGUGGGAAUCCCUUGUGUGUAUCUUGAGGAAUUCUGUCAAGGACAAGAGGAAAGUUUUUGAGGCAUCUGGUCGGCACGAGUUUAAGACCGAAGGGUCAUACUCUUUCGUAUUCACGGACUAUAACUGCAGCGUGGAGUUCUUCCGAUCCCCUUUCCUAGUCCAGGAAUGGGAGGUGCAAGUAAGCAAUGAAAAGAAAAGGGAAACUCUUAGGCUUGACUUGGUCGAGCAAUCAUCACCGAAGUACAAGGAUGCAGACUUCCUUAUUUUCAAUACUGGGCAUUGGUGGACACAUGAGAAAACUGCUCUUGGGAAAGACUACUAUCAGGAAGGUAAUCAUGUAUAUAGCGAGCUAAAUGUCGUGGAUGCCUUUCAUAAAGCUCUUGUCACCUGGUCCAAGUGGAUUGAUACCAAUGUUAACCCUAGAAAAACCACUGUGUUAUUCCGAGGCUACUCAGCAUCUCAUUUUAGUGGUGGCCAAUGGAAUUCAGGCGGGAGCUGCGACAAGGAGAGCGAACCAAUAACAAAUGAACAGUACCUUUCAACCUAUCCACCAAAGAUGAGCAUUUUAGAGGAUGUGAUCCACAAGAUGAAAACUCCAGUUGUAUACUUGAACAUAACGAGAAUGACUGACUACAGAAAGGAUGCACACCCUUCCAUCUUUCGGAAGCAGAACCUGACUGACGAGGAGAGGAGAUCGCCUGAGAGAUAUCAAGACUGCAGCCACUGGUGCCUUCCUGGAGUACCAGAUUCCUGGAAUGAGCUGCUUUAUGCUCAACUUUUGAUCAAACGGCAUCAAAUGCUCCAACAAUAAAGGCAAGUAAUGUUUUGCUGGGUGGUUGUAGAUGACCUGUUGUUGUCUAGGAUAAUAGUCAACACGGUGAUCAAGGUCCAUAGGCACCUAGAAUUUUCUAAAUCCAUAUAGAGAGUAAAGCUGUCCAGUUAAUAGAAUCUCUCAAUACCCACACACAUUCUUCAGUAGAGGCUUCUGGAACAUCAUAUUGUAAAGUUCAUAUCUAGUGCUAAUCAUAAAUAAAAAAAUAGUAUAGAUGUGAUGAUAUA